CGGCGCGAAUCAGUACCCCGUGAGAACUCGUCGCAGGAAGGUCGUCUAGGUGUUCGUUGUUGAUCAGUUCAAAACUGUGCCUCUCUGAGCGUGUAUCUAAUUCCGUCGAGGUCUGCUACGAAAACGUGCAAAUCGUCGUGAGUGCAAACUGGCUGCGUACUGUGCGCUAAACAACAGGAUUGCUCCGCGAGUGUAUGUUCUGUUGUUCUGAAUUGGGAAAUCCCUUCCGAUCUAGAUCUUUGUUCCCAGCAUCUGGAGAUCACGAAGUCGUCGUCGUCGAGCCUGUAAAGUUGCUGCAGGAAUUCACACCUCAGCGCUCGUGUGAUAAAUUAAAAAUAGUUGCAACAACAACAGCAAGAAAAAAAAAGAAGAAGCGAAAAUAAAGUGCGUGUUUGAUGUGAAAAGUGUGCUGAAGUCUCGAUCCGAGUCCGAGCGUGCAUAUUGAGUGUAGUGUCCUACGGAGGAAAACGACAGUCCAGCGGUGGCCACCGAACCGGAGAGAUGCGGAACGUCUGGAUUGUGGUGGCGAGCGGCCUGCUAGCGUUCGCCAACUUUGUCAAGUCGCAGGAAACGGGCCGGACGCUGUACAGCUCCAGAUUCCAACGCAGAUACGACAACCUGGACAUCGAUACGAUCCUUUCCAGCAACCGGCUGGUGAACAACUACGUCGACUGUCUACUCAGCCGGAAGCCGUGCCCGCCCGAGGGAAAGGAUCUGAAACGUAUUCUUCCGGAAGCUCUGCGCACCAAGUGCGGCCGCUGCUCGUCCACGCAGAAGGAGAACGCCCUCAAGAUCAUCACCACGCUGUACUACAGCUACCCGGACCAGUACCAGGCACUGCGUGAACGCUGGGAUCCUUCCGGCGAGUACCACCGCCGGUUCGAGGAGUACCUGCGCGGUAUUCAGUUCAACCAGAUCGGGGGCAACGGAAACGGCAACGGUGGUCCCAGCGAACGUCCGGUAAGAAACGACUUUGACCGGGAUCAGUCCCAGAUCCUGCUGCAGACGUUGAUCCUGUCCACGACGACGGCGCAACCUCCGGUCCCAGAGCAACGACCAACCCAAUUGGCAUCAGCACAGUUAACACAACCGGUAGCACCAAUUACCUCUACAACAACAACUUCUUCUACUACCACCACAACCACUACCACUACUCCUACUACUAGUACUAGUACUACUACCAUGAGUACACCACCAGUACCAACAACACCUAACAGUAGCGUAGAGCCUUCUUCGUCUACCUCCUCCUCUACUUCUACUACUACCGCUAGUAGUUCCGGUGGUGUGAGUGGCGACGAGGCUGGUGGCGGCUCCGAACCGCCCACGUCGAUUCCCGCAACGGACUCGUUUCGCCCAUUCAACAAUCUCAUCCAGUAUCGUCCAUGCUUUACGAGAUGUCCCUCUCGUUAUCGGCCUUGGUCACAACAGCAGCAGUACCAGUAUCAGCAAUAUCAGCACUAUCAGCCACAUUUUUUCAACGCAAACAACUUGUUUGGCUUCCUGAUCGACACCGACUCGGACACCCGUCCGGAGACUCAGACCCAGGACGUGACUGCCGCUUCAAAUUCAUUCACAACAGAUAACCCUAACUUGUUUGGCCAACAGCAGCAGGAGCAGGACCCGGCAGUGACCUUCAUCCGGAACCCUUCAUCAGUCGAUAGAACUCCCUUCAGUAGACUUAUUCUGAGGCCGGUCGACGGUCUCGGCUUUGAAACCACCACCACCUUCUUCAGCACGGUAGAUUUGCAACCCACGGCGGGACCACUUUCGAACCGGUUCGGAGAUGAUGACACCCCGGUGACCACCAGCACCACGCAGAGGCCACCGGUAGUAGUACAGCAGACCCAGCCCACCACCACCCAGAGGCCGGUCGUGGUGCGACAGACCACCACUCGACCCCCGACCCAGCGGACCACGUCGCGAUUUAACCCGCAGCAGAAUGGCGGUGGAGCGCAGAGUCCGAUCGUGGGGCUGUUUAACCAGAUUGGGAACAAGUUGGCCACCACGGCCGACGCCAUCGCCGGGAUGCUGCGGAAGACGGUGGACGUGAUCGUGACCUCGCACAUCCAGUCCCACCAGCGGGCGCUCAGGAGCUUUGGGGCGCAGUAAGGGGUGUUGCCGGAAGUGGUUGGGACCAGACAUUUUGACGGAGGACGGGCAGGAAAUUUUGCCGUUUUAGGCAUGGUUUGGAGAAGAGGGAAAGACAAAAAAAAAAAGAGAAUAGAGAGAUCGAGCGAGAGUGCAAAACGAAAUUAACCGGAAGUUGGCAACCCCGGGCGCAGCAUUAACUUAAACCUAUCUAUAUUCUGAUUAGAACUGUUAAGGACCUUUGAGUACACGCAAAUGAAAUUGUUUUCUUUUUUUGAUUAAUGCUAUAUUAGAGUUUAAGCGAGCUUGGACGCAUUCUGGUCAACUCCUCGAGAAAGUUGGAAGGUUAGAGACUGUGAAAUAAGCUCAAAGGUGAAGAAUUCCCCAAGAUCUGUCUACCAAUAUUAGUUUAAGGCAGUUUUAAAGGACAAACAUGGAGCAAAGUUUUGAUAGUGUGAUAUUGAGGAUCAAAUUUUUGUACUUACAUUCCUGCAAGGGAAAUUAGGCUACAGAGUCACAAAGGCGUGAAUUUAGAGUGAAAUCAAAAGUGAUCUAAAUUUGAAAAGAGUCAGAGAGAAAGUGAGGUUUAAGCGAUACAGGGUUAGCAGCAGAUCCAACAAUAUGUAAGCAAUGUGUUAUAAUAUAUUUGUAUCUACAAAUUUUCAAAA